AUGGUCCAAUUGUCUGCCUAUGGGGAGAGAGUGGUGGAUCGACUUAGUAUGCUAGGCAACUGGCUUGCCGUCAUUGUCUCCAUCCGCAACUUUUUUAUAUGCUAUCAUCAAUAUCGACGUACCCGAGGCAAAAUCCAUUGCGUGAACAUUGCUCAGGUCGUAAUAUUAGGCGUGCAUCGGUUCCUUUACGGCAUCAUCCCGAUUUUCGAGAUUACCACUUGCGACUAUUACCCACUUCUUAUAUCAUUUUGGCAUAUUAGUAGGUGCAUUGUAGUUUACAACCCAUUCUUGAUUCCGCCAUCAUUCACACGCUGA